ACUACCGGUGAUUCAUGCGACAGUUUGGGGUGCUAGCUAGACCUUUGUUCAAUCUAUUGAAGAAAGGCUCUCCGUUUGUCUGGACGGAUAACACUGAGCAGAGCUUUCAGGUGCUCAAGCAGGGUUUAAUCUCGGCUCCGGUGCUCGCACUACCUAAUUUCCAGAAGCCAUUCACUAUCGAGACGGAUGCUUGUGACGUGGGCAUCGGGGCAAUUUUACAGCAAGAGAGACACCCAAUUGCUUUCAUGAGCAAAUCGCUUUGUCAGAAAUACCGCGGACUGUCCACAUAUGAGAAGGAGUACCUCGCAAUCAUCGCGGCAGUAGAUCAGUGGCGUCCUUAUUUGCAGUCGGCAGAAUUUGUGAUCAAGACUGAUCAACGCAGCUUGGUGCACUUACAAGAACAACGGCUAGUCACCCCAUGGCAGCAGCGAGCCUUUACUAAACUCCUCGGGUUGCAGUACCGCAUCGUCUACAACAAAGGAUCGGAGAACGGGGCAGCUGAUGCUCUUUCUCGGCUGCCCAAAACAGAAACAUUGUUUGGGAUCUCCACUUGUCAGCCAGCAUGGAUGGAGGACGUGCUCGCAAGCUACAACUACAAUCCGCACACUCAGAAGCUGUUGGAACAGCUGGCAAUCAGACCUGACCCCAAGAAGCGCUUCACCCUGGCACAGGGCAUCAUCCGUUUCAGAGAACGCAUAUGGCUGAGAGGCAGCACCGAGCUACAGCAGAAAAUUAUGGCAGCUUUCCAUGACAGCCCCAUCGGAGGACACUCUGGAUUCCCGGUGACUUACAAGGCUAUCUGCAGGUUAUUUGCUUGGCCCAAGAUGAAGACCCACAUUGAGCAGUAUGUCAAGUGUUGCCAGAUAUGCCAACAAGCCAAAACAGAGAGAGUGGCAUCACCAGGUCUGCUGCAACCUCUUCCUGUUCCACAGGCUUCAUGGGAUAUGACAACAAUGGAUUUCAUCAAUGGAUUGCCACAAUCAGGUCAGCACAACUGCAUCUGGGUUUUGGUCGACCGGAUGACCAAGUUCGCUCAUUUUCUGCCUCUUACCCACCCAUACACCACUUCUCGAGUGGCUCAACUGUUCAUGUAGCGCAUCUAUCCAAUUCAUGGGUUUCCUUAGGCCAUUGUCUCUGAUCGGGAUCCGGUUUUCAUGAGUCACUUCUGGCAAGAACUCUUUCGUUACGCCGGCACUGAACUUCGUUUGAGCACUGCCAACCACCCUCAAACAUACGGGCAGUCAGAGCUAGUGAACCAAUGCCUCGAAACCUUUCUCCGUUGCUUCAAUCACGCUUGUCCCAAGCGAUGGAGUCAUUGGCUUCCUCUUGCUCAAUUCUGGUACAAUUCUUCACCCCAUUCUUCCAUUGGCAUGACUCCCUUUAAGGCCAUGUUUGGGCAUGAACCCUGACAUUGGGGAAUUACUACAACUACAGUGUGCUCGGUACCGUCACUUCAGUCCUGGUUGGACGAACGCGCUGUCAUUCAGGACCUGCUGCAACAGCACUUGCAGCGUGCUCGGCUCCGCAUGAAGCAACAGACUAACCGUAAGCGUUCUGAGCGCAGAUUGGAAGUGGGGGACAUGGUGUUUCUGAAACUACAACCUUAUGUCCAGACGUCAGUGGCAAAACGGGCUAAUCACAAGCUUUCGUUCCGGUUCUACGGUCGUUUUCCUGUCAUCAGCAAGAUCAACGAGGUGGCGUAUAAGCUGGAACUGCCCCCGCAAGCCACGAUCCACCCGGUCUUUCAUGUUUCCAUGCUGCGUCGCGCGGUGCUCCCAGGUACGCCGGUCGAACCAGUACUUCCUGUACUCUCUGAUGUACCAGCGGUACCUCGAGCCAUCCUCGACACUCGCUAGAAGCGCAAGCAAGGAGCCAUGGUGGAACAGGUUCUGGUGCGCUAGUCGGAUCAAACCAAGAUCGACGACACCUGGGAAGACAAGAAAGAGCUGCAAGCUCGUUUUCCAGCGGCUGAGGCUUGGGGUCAAGCCUCUUCUCAAGAAGGAGGGGAUGUCAGGCCCAGUACCACUCCUUGUCCUCCCAUCGUCAAGUAUACGGCCUCGGCGUGGGCUGGCCCGCAAGACGAAGGAAGCCCAACCCGCGGAACCAAGGCCCAGAGUGGGUGUGACCGAGUGGAGGCACCAACUACUUAAAGGCACACGCGCAGAAGGCCAAACCAUCCAGUGGAUCACGGCACCCGGCGGCGGCGGCUUCCUGUUCCUCUCCCGACCCCCUUGUGUACCACUCCUUGUAAUCGCUAUCAGAUACUCGAAUUCGUGAGCAAGUGCAAUAGAUCGUGUGAUAUACUACCUGGGUGCUAACAUUUUAUAAGGGCGUUGAAACUGUUGGAUGAAUUACAAAUUCCAUGGCCAUCUUUAGAAAUGACGCGUAAGCGUCUAGUAAUCCCAACUAUGCAACCAUGCGUGCUAGCCUCAGAUGGCAGUGCUUGUUUAGUUUUGUACUUGUACAAUGGUAGAUGCAGAGAUGAAGUCAAAUCAUCAGAUUCAGAAGAGGUAAGAAGAACAAACUCUGAUGAGCAGGCUCACCAUCAGAUCCAACAGAUUCAGAAUGAAUACUACACGUUAUAUGCGAGGAACAUUGCACUUGGCACGAUAUGAUAAAAGGGAGAAUAAGAAAUCUUUUUGAGGAAAAGCAGCAGCCUUGGUUUCUUUUCCAAUUAAUUCAGAGAAGAGUAAGAACUACACUAGAGACUAAACUGAGUCAGCUUCUUUUGAACCCCCUCGUGGUUUUGUGGAGAAUGCUUGAGUGAAGAAGAGGUAACUCAGUUGAGCAGAUAUGACUUGAGAGCUGGGAUCGCUGUUCAGCAACGACUGUGCACGGACAAUGAGGCAAGAACUGUUCAAAUUGACUGACAUUGUUUGUUUACUUACCACUGUAGUAUCAAUAUGGAUAAGGAAAAGUCGUGUAUAGUAUCCAAUUGCAGCCUGCUAGAUAAGGAAAGAACACCUUUGAAACUGAAGCCUCUGCUCCUCUUGGCACCUACCGCACCAAGUUGAUACUACAGUGGACAACGCCAAGUUGGCUGAGCAGUUCAGAAAGAACAACUUUGACGAUGACAUGAACUCUUUUCCAACGCAAGUUGGCUGGGCAGUUCAGUCUCCUUUCCGGCGCCAAGCAAAGCAAGCUACCACGUGUGUAGAUAAAUACAGUAAUCUAAUCUAGUAGGCGCAAUGAUCCGACAUGGCAUGCACUCUGGAGACCGGAGACCGGCGAAUGAGUGGCUGCAUGCACUCUGGCCACCUCCUGCUGCGUCGAAAUUUCCGGCCUUGCAGAGUCGUGGACUAGUAUGCAUAGGCAGGCUGCGCACGCACGUGUUGGUGAGAUUUGAAUGUUAGCCAGCCAAUGGAUGGAUCCCGUCCAAGUUGAACCUGCUAUAUAAACCUCCGCGGCAGCACAACACAGCAGCAGCAGCCAAAGCCUGUGGCGAGCAAAGAAAAAGUUCAGAGAGGAUAGCUAGGUGAUUCCUUCACAGACCACUUCCGCUUCCAACAAAUCCAUCACCUCGUCCGCGUCAUGGACGUCUUGGAGAGAGGCGAACGCGCGCCGCUCCUGCAGAGUCACGGCCCAAAGGUUCAGGAGGAUGAUAGCCUGCAGGUGCCGCUCCUGAAGCACAAGAAGCGGGGCGGCAGCAAGGCACCAGCAGUUAUUCUAUUGUUCGAAUGUCUAGAGAGCACGGCGUUCAAUGGCAUCUCCACCAACCUGGUGGUGUACCUGGAGACCGUCCUCCACGGCAGCAACCUCGCCAGCGCCUCCAACGUCGCCACCUGGUUUGGCACCAGCUACCUCACCCCCGUCUUCGGCGCCAUCAUCGCCGACUCCUUCUGGGGCAACUACAACACCAUCCUCGUCUCCCUCGUCGUCUACCUUCUCGGCAUGAUGCUCGUCACCUUCUCCGCCUUCGUGCCCACCACCACGGCGGCGCUGUGCGCGGCGGGCGCGUCGUGCGCCGGCACCGCCGGCACGUGGGGGCUGAGCUCGCAGACCGUGGCUUUCGUGGGGCUGUACCUCGUGGCGAUCGGGUGCGGCGGGGUGCGCUCGUCGCUGCUGCCGUUCGGAGCGGAGCAGUUCGACGACGACAGCGCGGCGGACCGGGAGGGCAAGGCGUCCUUCUUCAGCUGGUUCUACCUCUGCGUGAGCUUCGGCCCCAUCAUCUCCGGUGUGUUUCUCGUCUGGAUCCAGCAGAACAUCAGCUGGGGCCUCGGCUUCGGCAUCGCCACCGCCUGCAUCGCGCUCGCCUUCGCCGCCUUCGUGCUCGCCACGCCCAUGUACAAGCGCCGCAUGCCCGCAGGCACGCCGCUCAAGAGCCUCUGCCAGGUCGUGGCCGCCGCGUGCAAGAAAAUCAGCAUCAAGGUGCCCGCCGAAGCCGAACACCUCUACGAGGUCAGUGACAAGAUCGACUCACCCCAGCCUAAGAUCGCGCACACCAGCGACUUCAAGUUCCUCGACAAGGCGGCCAUCGUCACGGAGUCGGACAUGGAGGAGAGGCCGGAGGCGGCGACCUCGUGGAAGCUCUGCACCGUGACUCAGGUGGAGGAGCUCAAGAUCCUUCUGCGGCUGCUGCCCGUCUGGAUCACCAGCGUCAUCGUGUCAUCGGCCUACUCGCAGAUGAACACCACGUUCGUGCAGCAGGGCAGUGCCAUGGAAAUGACCAUCCUGUCGGUGCCGGUGCCCGCGGCGUCGCUGGUCUCGUUCGAGGUGAUAUGCGUCCUGACAUGGGUGCUCCUCUACAACAAGGUGAUCGUGCCAGCGUUGAGGAGCUUCUCCUCGAGCGGCGACGGCGAGCCGUCACAGCUGCAGCGGAUGGGCGCGGGGAGGCUCCUCAUGGCUCUCACCAUGGCGGUGGCGGCGCUCGUGGAAAUGAAGCGGCUCGACAGCGCGGCGCGUGGGGAGGAGAUCAGCAUCGCGUGGCAGCUGCCGCAGUACUUCUUCCUGGCUGGCGGAGAGGUGUUCUGCUACAUCGCGCAGCUGGAGUUCUUCUUCGGCGAGGCGCCGGACACCAUGAAAAGCAUGUGCACGUCGCUCGCUCUGCUCACCAUCGCGCUGGGGAGCUACAUGAGCUCCUUCAUCUAUGCGAUCGUGGAGGCCUUCACGGCGACGGGAGACAGCCCCGGGUGGAUCUCCGACGACCUCAACAAGGGCCACCUCGACUACUUCUUCUGGGCCAUGGCUGCAAUGUGCACGCUCAACUUCGUCGUGUACAGCGGCAUCGUCAAGAACUACAGGCUCAAGACGGUCAUAUCGUGAUCGCUCGCGCAAGGAUUCAAAGAUUCCAUUACAUUCUAUACAUACAUUACACAGGAAAGAGUAAUUAGGAGUAGCCAGGUACCUUUUUUUAGAAACUUGUAGCCAGGUACCUUUUUUUAGAAACUUGUAGCCAGGUACAUAUAUAUACACAAGAAACACUAGGAAGAAAAUGUAGGAUAUAGAAUUUUGUUUUCAGUCUUGCUAAGUCUCAGUCGACUUCGUUAAGUCUCAGUUGAUAUUA